AUGCAAGUCCCAGAUAAAGAUUAUCAUUUGUCCUUGAAUGAAGAACAGCAAAUGGAAAAAGGCGUUCCUGAAAACCAGCGUAAGAUUUAUCUGGGAUUUAUUGCAAAUUUUUCUAUUGAUGAUAAAUCUUAUGAAAACGGCGCAGUUGCAUUAUCAGAAAAUAUGAUAACAUUUUUUCAAAGGACGCUAUUUGGUAAGUCGUUGAAGCGCGUAUUAUCAAUACAUUUUCUUCAAAUCAAGAAUUUACACGUUAUUGAUCAAAAUCGCGUCGAAAUAAUUGCAGACAAAUCUAAAAUUCUUAUCAAGACACAGAUUGCGUUAAAAUUUUCACGACAAAUUCUCAAAAACUUUGUUUAUAAUUUACCUUUUUUACCACCCGAAAAGAGAUUUGCAUUUACAGCAUACGAUUACAAUCAAUUUCCCAGAAUUGAGCCUAAUUUGUCUGCAUCUCAGGCUUUUCAACUUACUUUAAACUCAUAUAAGGCUUUUUACAACACAGAAUACCAACAUGAAUUCGUUCAGUACUUUGAUACUCUUAUGAGUACUCAAAGCCCUAUAUUUGACUUCAAUGAUAUGCCUAUUGCUCUUAUUGAUUCAAAUUUUCACAAAAAUACAGAUUUUAGAUCACUUUUUCAAACAAUACGAUAUUGUCCAUUUACUUUUGGAAUUUUUUGCUCGGAUUUAUCACGUCCGGACAUUAUAACAAAUUCAGUACGCUCAUUUGCCUCCAACAGUAACAUAAUGAUCUUCCGAGCUAGUAAUUGCAAAAUAAGCCACGGAUUAGCAGAUCUGGCAAAAAUAAUGAAUUCUCACGCAGAAACUAAUUUAUUGUAUUUAGAUUUAUCAGGAAAUCCGCUAGAAGAUGUUGCUCCCUUCUUCCAAGCGAUUAGUAACUACACUCGAUCACUUGCAUCUCUCAGAUUCGAAAAUUGUAAUUUUCAUGAUGCAGAAUUAACAGUUUUAUUCACGAGUUUAACGAAUAACAAAUAUAUACGUGGAAUUAGGCAGAUUUGCUUAUCCGGAAAUACAUUUGGAAUCUCUUCUACAGAUGCAUUUCUAAAAUUUGUCAGAUCUCUUAAUGAAUUUAAUAUUACGAACCUCAAGAAGCUUACUCUUGGUCCUCUGCCUAAUCCCGUUCCAAUUCUAAGAUCAAUAGCCGAUCUUUCGAAACAUUUAUCCGUUCUUCAUCUUUACGAUGUAAAAUUUACAGACCAAGCAUUACUAGAACUGUGCAAAUUCACAGAAACUGCAUCCUUAGCAGAUUUUGACUUGACAAAGUGCGAUCUCUCCGCAGAAAAAAUAGUUGUAAUUAUUCAAUCAAUUGGCCGCAAUCACAACUACCAGAAUAUACGUCUAGGCUUCAAUGAGAUGAAGAUUACCGGUCAAAAGAUGAAGUUUGUCAUUAAAGAAAUUUCAGAAAAAAUUGGUGAUCGUUUAAUUGGCCUCAGAUUGAACAAAAACCAUUGCAAUGAGAAAGACUUGACCACUCUAAUCCGUGCCUACCCAAGCCUUCCCAAUUUAAUGUUCCUUUCCUUUAAUAAUAAUCUCAAACACGGAAUGCCGAACCUUUCCUACAGAUUAGUAUAUCUAAUCUCCAAACAGAACCUCAUAUCCCUUGAACUCAAAGGUAGCAAGUCAUAUUGCCUUCAAGAAGAGCUAAUUCCUCUCUUAUGUUCACUCCAAACGAACAAAGCCCUUCAAGCACUCGAUAUUUCGGGCCAUCAGAUCGGUUCCUACGGUAUGCAGAUCUGUACAAACGUAAUCCGGACCAAUAAAGCCCUAAGGAGACUCCAUAUAGAUGGAACUGGCUCAAAAUUUAGAUUUAUCCGUCACUUUUACAAAUUUGUCGUUCAAAGUUCUACUCUUGUCGAGUGUCCAUUCCCGAUAAAGGACAUCACAAGAGAGAUCAGUAUCAGGGAGAGUAUAGGACGUGCUACGAAGAAGAUCACGAAAAUUCAGUUAAUUGUAUCCCAAAAAUUAUUACAGAACAGACAUUCACAAGGCAUCAGUUCAUACACGUUAAUGGGUGAUCCUGACUUGAGUAAGAUCGGUUCCAUGAUCAAAGAUGACUUAAUUGAAGCUCUCGGCGAAUUACCAAAAUCAGAUAAAUCUGUCAAAGUCAAUUUCGGCCUUCCAAUGCCUUCAGAGGCCGACCACUUCUCCCAGAGUUCCAUUAAACAGCAGCGCCUUGCUCUCUACAACUCCCUGAUGAUAGAUGAUGACAGCAGAAGACAAAAUCCACAAAAAGAAGAAAAUAACGAUUUCAUAACUAUCGACGAAGUUAUGGAAAACCCAACAUUGAGGUCGGAGUUCGAUUCCAGCGAAGCAUCAAUGAGUACAAGCGAAUACAACACACAAGUUAAAGGAGGAUUCAUCUUCGACAUUCCUGAUGAACCAGAAAGUUCUUCGUGUUGGACACCUGAAGAAGGAGCAAGUAUAACAAAUGAAGAGGAAACAGAGGACUCUAUUUAUACAAGUCCGCCAAAGACACCUGAAAAACCUGCAAAUGGACCUUCUGCUUUUGUUAUCGAUAUGGAUUUCGAUGACGGUGCUGAUUUUUAA